AUGGUGAGGGAAAAAAAACAACAAAAAACAAAACACGUUGCUGAUUGGUGAGCUGAGAACCUUGUUUCACAUAAAUACUAAUAAUGGCUAGUGCACAGAGCCUAAUUCCCUUCCCACAGCUCCUAAGACACAUAAUUCACCCGAUUUCCAUGCUUGCUGUGAGUGGCCCAGAGGUACACUGAGUUCCAUUCUUCCAGUACCAGCCACUUCGCUGGCCCCUUGCCUCAGAAAGAGCAAACCCGCAUGGUCCACCGAUCCAGUCACUUUCGGUGCCGUAAUUCACGUUUUGGGUAAAGCGUGUAUUCACUUUCCAGGCACAUGAGUUGUGCACUGGGGUUCAUCCCUACAUGGCUCUCCACACGGAGUAGCAGUUGGGUGCAGAUAAAGGCCUGGAAGUCAUAAUUCUGUCUAUGGUAUGCUUUUUAGGGCGCAUGUUAGCAGUGACUGGUCGACUGACAGCUAUGGCCCCAAUUCUUUGGUGAACAGCAGGCAAGUAUUGUGCUGUGCUUUUGUGGCGUCUUGUCAUGGUAUCAGGAUGACAUGCCUGGCUUAACUACAGCAGAAGUUGGCAAAUAUUUGGUCGAGCCACACCAAGCUAGACUCCAGCAAACCUGGUGUAGUGAGGGCAUGCAGUCAGGUCGCCAUCUUGGCAGAAGCAUUGGUGCAGUCCGCAUACUGUUGCGGUGUUGUCAGGGCUUGGACCUCUUCAGCAGCUGGUUAACCAAGCUGAUUAGCUGGUGCCGGGAUAACCCUCACUGGCAGGGGGGCGGAGCAGGAGCACCUCUGCCGUCAGUAGUGUUACAGGGAAUACCAGCAGGGAGAGCAGCAGCCUCUCCACCGCCUGCACUUCCAGGUAGGCUGCAGAGUUCCCUCAAGUUCUGGUCGGCACUCGUGCGCCCAAAAACAACAGAAUUCAGCUGAGGGGUAUCUGGCUUGUCUCAGGCACAGAGAUUGAGAGUUUCUAUAGAUUAAAAUUUAGCACACAGAGCUCACUCCACACACGGCCAGACAGCAUGGCAGUCAGGCACCACCCUCCCUUUUCUAUUAUUGUUAAUGUCCCAUUCCACCACCUCAUGGAUGGAGACUUCAUGGUUGAGCAACUUCUGGAUUGGCAUAGGGGAAGAAUAGGUCCUCCUGCUUGUUCUAUAAGGGGCAUAUGGGCACCUAACAACUACAACAUAUGUAUUCCGGACCCUAUAAUGUUAAUAUCACCAUUUAGGUGGCUGGCCCCCUUCUAGCCUCCUUAAAAGGUAGGAAAACGUACCUUAUUUCCAGCACCAUAGGGAAGGCAUUGGAUUGGCUGAAAUUGACACAGAGACAGGGUUGGGGUGGGGCUAAACACUGGUUUGGCCAAUUAUCACCUCCUCAUAGAGAUGCAUGAAAUCAAUGCAUCUCUAUGAGGAAAGUACAGCGUCUCCAUGCAGUGCGUGGAGACGCUGGACAACAGUGCUGCACACUGUGCAGUACUGCCCAAGGAAGCACCUCCAGUGGCCAUCUGAGGAGUGGCCACUGGAGGUGUCCCUAGGGGCAAUAUAAACACUGCCUUUUCUCAUUAAGCUCUAGUUGUUCUGGUGACUAUAGUGUCCCUUUAACCUUUGCAUUGUUAAAUUAUUUUUUGUAACAAUUUGCCAGCUGGCUUCUGUUUGUAAUCAUUUCAUACCUUUGGUAACUGAACUAUCUCUGCUUGCUGGAAGCGUUGUUGAAAUAUUGUUUCCUUGGCUUUUCUAGAUUGCCAACAGUACAUGAUUAUUUUGUUUGCCUCUGGGAUCAUGUAUUCCUCUGAGGACACUGACACUAUUUAUUUUCCAGCAGAUGCAGUUAGGACUACAAAACUGAUCCAUCUCCAUCUGUUACUGUGCUUGAGGGAUUUGUCAGCAUUACACUUAGAAGGGUCCCCAAGCUCCAUACUAUAUUAAUAUCCAUAGUGAGAGAUAACAUCAUAUUAGCUAUAGGGCAGAGAUUACCCAAUCCUCCUAUAGGUAUAGACCAGAAUCACCCAGUCCACUGGUCAAAGUAAAUAGAUGUCCACAAUUCCUGUCCCUACCACAACACCUUUCUAAAAGCCUUGAAAAAUCAGGUGACACAAACCCCUUUAAUUGUACUUUUAAGAGCUAAAGAAAAGAAGAUUAAAGAAGAAUGCUGAAAACAAGUAUACAUUUUUAUUUUACAGGUAUUAGAUUUAAUGGGCCCCCUUCUCUAUUAUUAGGGUGAGACGGAUAGGAGGGGAUUAUAAUGGGCUGGCUAAGGGCCUGGGGACUCCUUGUUAUAUGGGGGGAGGGGGGGAGACAUUAAUUCUGACUUUCAGGAAGUGGACAUGGCUGGAAUAAGAUAGGGCUGAUGGAGCUGAAGUUCCAGGCCAAAGACCUUAGAAUAUUCCAACUGAUUUAAAAAUAAAUAAACAAGUAAAUAAAUAAAUGAAUAAAUAAACACAAGAGAGAAGUCAGCCUGCAGCCAGAGGAGCUGCAGGUUGAACAGCACGUGCCACCACUGGACCACCAGGGAUUGAACAUUAAAGAAUAGUCGCUCCCCCUCUCCCCUGACCAAAGAUAACGGGGGGGGGGUGGUAAUAUAAAACUUUUUUAUUUUUAAAAUAUAUCAAUGCUAUAAACCCCCCCCAUAAACACACUACACCACCCCACCCACAGCACUCCUCCACACAUAAUAAACAGCACCCCUCCACACACAGAACCCCUUUACACACACAGAACCCCCCACACUCAGCACUCCUUCACACACACAGCAUACUUCCACGAACACAGCACCCCUCCACACACACAGCACCCUUAAACACACAGCACCCCUCCAAGCACACAGCACCCCUUCACACACAGAACCCCCCAAAAACUACCCCUUCACACACACAGCACACUUCCACGCACACAGCACCCCUCCACACACACAGCCCCCCUUCACACACACAGAACCCCUUCACACACAAACGGCACUCUCUCCACACACACACACACACAGCACCCCCUCCACACACAGCACACACACACUCUACCCCCCACACACACUAAACCGCUACACACACUGCACCCCCUCCAAAUACACACCACACCCCCCACACACAGAACCCCUACACACUGCACUCCCCACACACUAAGCCCCUACACACACUGCACCCCUCACUGCAGUCUGUGUGUGUUCAUGUAUUCAGCAGUCUGUGCGUGUUCACCAGUCUGUGCACGUUCACCAGUCUGUGUGCGUGUAUUCAUCAGUCUGUGUGCAGUGUUUUUUUUUUCCCACUUCCAUAUCUGCACACUAUGCAGGCGUGAUGCAUUAUGGGGCUGGUAUAGAAUUUUUUUCCAGGGCCGCUUUUCAUUCCCAGUCCGGCCCUGACUACAUCCACUACAGACACUGCAUCCACUAAACACAUUGCAUCUAGUACACACAAACACUACGUCCACUACACAAACACACACUACAUCCACUACUCAAACACACUCUGCGUUCACUAUACACACUACAUCCACUACACAAACACACACUCUGCAUUCACUGCACAAACAGUAUCUAAUACACACAAACACUACAUCCAUUACACACAUUCUAAUUCACUUCCAUUAUACACACUACAUUCAGUCCUGCAUCACUGUCAGCGGACUAGGUAGGAGUCCUGUGGGCAGACUUGUGGGCGGGCUGGGCAGGGGUUAGGGGGCAGGCCGGGUGGAGGGGGCAGGGGGCCCCAGACCUUGUGCUUUGUCAGGGGCCCCAAAAUUUCUGGUGGCGGCCCUGUGCAGAGGUAUUCUUUGCAGCAUGAGAUGGUGCAUUGUCAUGCAUGAAGAUUAUUUUAUUACGGAAAGCAUAGUUCUUCCUUCUGUACCAGGGAAGGAAGUGGUCAGUCAGAAACUUCACAUACUUUGCAAAGGUCAUCUUUACAACUUUGGGGACCCUGAAGGAGCCGACCAGCUCUCUUCCCAUGAUUCCAGCCCAAAACAGGACUCCACCACCGCCUUGCUGAUGUCGCAGCCUUGUUGGAACAGGGUGGCCGUCCACCAACCAUCCACUACUCCAUCCAUCUGGACCAUCCAGGGUUGCACGGCACUCAUCAGUGAACAGGACUGUUUGAAAAUUAGUCUUCAUGUAUUUUUCUGCCCAAUGCAGCCUUUUCUGCUUGUGAGCAUUGCUUGGUAGUGGCCGAACAGAAGGUUUAUGCACAGUUGCAAGACUCUGGAGGACUCUACACCUUGAUGUCCGUGGGACUCCAGAGGCACCAGCAUCUUCAAAUAUCUGUUUGCUGCUAUGUAAUGAUAUUUUAGCAGCUGCUCUCUUGAUCCGAUGCAUGGAUCUGGCAGAAAUCUUCCUCAGUGUGCCUUUAUGUGCACAAACCCGUCUGUGCUCUGAAUCAGCCACAAAUCUCUUAGUAGUGCGAUGAUCACGCUUAAGUUUUCGUGAAAUAUCUAAUGUUUUCAUACCUCAUCCAAGGCAUUGAACUAUUUCACUCUUUCUGGCAGCAGAGAGAUCCUUUUUCUUCCCCAUAUCGCAUGAAAAUGGUGCUCUGCUUAAUAAUGUGGAACACCCUCCUUUAGUAGUUUUUCUUUAAAUUGGGCUCACCUGGCAAUCUAAUUAUCACAGCUGUCCAAGAUUGUUUUCAGUGAUCAAUAGAGCCCUGAGACACAAUGCCAACCAUGAGUUUAACUGAAAAACAAAAUAUUUAAUCUUUGUGACACUUAAAUAGAAAUUGCAUAAUAAUUUGGAACAGGGUGUAGUUGAAGUUUGUAAGUGUAAAACAGAGCUCCACAGUAAUAAUACUCACAGUAAUGUGUCUUUAAACUAAAAUAAAUGUGUUUAGGAAUCAGUCAGUGUAAACAAGUUGCAUUCUUCUUCUUUAAAUUACAUUUUAUUUGCAUAUAUUCGUCUUAGUAUGUCAACUAAAAUGUCUAUAAACAGCCCUUGGCCAUACACCCACUCUCACCGCUUAAAUUAUAAUGUCCCUUGUAACGGAUGACCUGGCACCCCGACUGGGUACCUCAGUUGAAGGAUGCUCCUAGCGCUUCCUGAGGACUCCAAGCACUGCAGCAGACACCACAACCACCGAACCGGAGAAGCAUACGAAUGCUCUCAAGCAUAUGAAUGCUGUUAGCAGCUGAACAGGAAAAGCAUAUAAUCAGCUUAAACUCCUGGCAAUCAGCAUACAUCCAAUUCCCCCAAUAACGAGACGACACUUCGUUUUGAGGUCAAGCAGAACUGCCUGUACUGGCACAUACAGCCUCUUUUCUUCACAAUCCACAAACAUAGUACUGCCCACAGGGUUUUGAAAUACAACCAAUCAAUCCGUACAAUACACACAGACACUCCCCCACAAAAUCCUCCCCUCUGCCUGUGAUAUGAUUACUGAACACAAUGGUUAAUAUAAUUAUCACAGGCAGAGAAAUACAGUAUUAUAAAACAUAUCACAGGGACCCCAAAACAUGCAAUAACCCCAUAACAGUAUAUCCUCGGAACCGGGGUAUCUGGGUGAACCACAUAUCCAAAAUUCACCCAGAUCCGUUCUGUAGUUUGAAAGAUACAGUUUAAUGCAGAUUCCGCAGAACAUAUACAGGCUAUAUGAAAAAUAAUUACGAUAUAAUGUGUCCCCUGUUGUAUAGUUUAAAACUACUGCACGAUGUCUUUGUGCACCAAAUACCGGUGAGAUGGCACUGUGUAGAAAAGUCCAAACAGUGUCUGUGAGUUAAAAUGACCGCCAUCCAUUGUUCUCACCAUGUGCUUCAUCCAUUGUUCUCACCAUGUGUCUCUGCUACAUGAAAUGGUGGCCACCCAGUAACUCCACAGUAUGUCCCCAGAUGGUUCUUAAAGGGCCAGCAGCAGCACAACACAAAUCCAUUAUGCCCAAAUCAUGUCUUUAAAGGGCAAUACAUCCCAGGGGCCAUAGUUACAUGGCAGGAGGCUGGCAACCAGGCUCCUCCAGUGGCCAGUGGCGAGGUUGGUUCCGCCACAUCCCUCUUUGACCAUUUGAAAUUUUGUGAGACAUGUGAUUAAGUAUUUAGCCGUGUCAUGCUCAGCACCAGGCCCAAUAGACUUGUAAUCCUGCCCUAGGAAUGGACCACUGACAUAUCCACCCCCCCCCUUAGAUUAUAAACCCUCCAACAGAUGCACAUGGAUUUGGGUUCAGGGACAUAUCUUUAGUAGUCCACACCUGCUGCCCAUAAUGGUCUAUAUCAUGUCCCUUGCAGUUUAUAUUUUUUUUAACCCUGCCAGACACCCAUGCAUGAGGGCAGUAGGAUGAUGACCUACUUCCACCCCCCCCUCCUUCACAUAUUAUUAUUUAGCUCCAACUCACUGGCUGUGGCAGUGGUCAGACAGCUUGACAUCUGGACACAGUUCGUUCUCAUUCAGAGUCAGAAUCGCAAAAUCAAGACACAGUAAAAUACUUGUAGCAAUGUCUGUAUUUUGCACUCCAAAUGGUCCCAGAUGGUUUUGCCAUGUUCAGUAAAGAAAAUUUUCAUGGGUUCUUUAGAAACACACUUAUAAAUCCUUUCCUGUUGCGAAUCCACUAGGUAAUUAUUUUGGCUUAUUUAGCCUCAGAAAGCCUGCAGUUAAAUAUUUGAUUAUUGGAGGAGUUAUGUAGUUAUUGGACCAUAGAUCAUUAAUGGAGAGUUGUUGCUCAAUAAUACCUGUUGUUUAGCUAUAAUGUGUUUAUUGUAAUUCUGUAGCUCAUUUUAAAAAGUGCAUUAUCUUGAACAUCUAUUGUAGCUUACUAUUUUUCAAACUAAUGUUCCACGUAUUUUUCAAUAUGAAAUGAUGUGGUACCCAUAUAAGCUGGUAACAAUUCUGGUUAUUUCCUCAAAGUAAUAUGUGAACAGAUGGAGUUGGAAUAUAAUAUGGAAGUAUCAUAUAGAUACUUCCCAAUGUCAGUGGGAGAUGGGCUGUAUGUCUUUGGAUUUAUUGGAAUUUAAAUAGUGUUAAAAAUUAUUUUGACAAUAAUAACCAUGUGUAGGUAGAAGGUAACUGUGUAUGGGCAUUCCUCUGUAUACACUUCCCUCACACUCACGUGUCUCUGUUCUGCCUAGGCCUUGCCUGGCUCCUCAUGGUCUUGUGUGUAGGUAGAGGGUAACUGUGUAUGGGCAUAAGCCCUCCAUUUAUUCCCGAAAUGAAACACAACAAACAGGUUUUGGAGUAAAUAGGCUACAGCUUUAUUAUAAAUAUAUAAAUAUUAAAGCUUCAACUUUAAUAUAAACACUACAUACAUAAUUACUCAGUAAAUAUAUACGUCACUGAAUACCACCUUACCAACCAAACACAACUUAGGGCAGCUGCCCCCUCCCCCUCGUUCCAACCAGUACAAGGUCUUUUAUUCAGCCUUCCAUGAUGUAAUGCUAACCACUAGCCGUUUAUUAACUCAGUGGGCACGUCUGUUAUCCACAACUGUACCUGAGGCUAGGGGAGGGACAGCCCUACCCAUCCACGGACCGCUGGUCCAACCCUUGUUGAUAAGGGCCAUAUGCCGCCACUAGACCGGUGGUCAUAAGUAUGUAGGUUCUGGCUGCAGCUCUCCAGUCCUCCCGUGCAAUGCUGUGUGGAAUGUUGCCAUGGGAACGCGCUGCAACGCUCCACACAGCCUGCUUGCUGGAGGAGCGAUCUUCUUCCCAGAUACCUCCCCCUGCCUUGGGGUCCUCCUGAUACGAAAGCAGAGUAGGCACCUGCCAUUUUGGGCAGGCAGGUGACUACACUGCAUUGCUGCCAACCAGCGCUAGUGGCCCCCCACGGCGGCCUAUGGCGGUGUGCCCACAGAGAGGGGUCGGUGUGCCAUAGAUUCACCAUCACUGCUCUAGUUCUCAAGAAAUAUAUAUUUCAGCACAAAGAGCUGGUGUCUAAACUCACUUGAUCUCCUUAUUGGCAUACAUUUUUAUUUCUGUUAAUUGCCUUUUUGAAAUGGCAUGCACAAACUAUUUAGUCACUGUACUGGAUAGAGAUACAGUAUUGCACUUUAUAAAAUGUUUCAAAACAAGCUUCUAAGAAGAGAAUCUCCACCAAGAUUUUACAUCUCAGAAGAAAUAUUCCACCUGUUCCCCCAGUACCUAAAAGGGGCACUAUAGAGACCAGAACAACUGCAGCUUAAUGUAGUUGUUCUGCUGUCUAUAGCCUGUCUUUGCAUGCAUUUUCGCAUGAAGAGGCAGUGUUUACUAGGGAUGCCACCAGUGACAGUAACUCAGACGGCCACUACAGGUGCUUCCUGGAUCAGUGCUGCACAACAACAGCUCUGCAUGGAGGCUCUGAACUUUUCUCAUAAAGAUGCAUUGCUUCAGCAAGUUUGUAUUUCUGUCACUAUAGAGUUCCUUUAAAUAACAAUAGAGUUCCUAUAAUUAACAAAGUAUUAAAUGCACAUAAGAAAACCCUGCAGUUAUCAUUGUUUAAAUUUAAAUAAAAGGUCUAUGGAUUUUUUGUUUUCAAGCUGUUUUUCACAUGUCCCCAAUGCAAACAUGCAGGAAAAAUACAAGCAUGUUUCUUUGAGGGUAUAUCUACUAAAUUGUCUUUUUAUUUUAAAGUCUUAAAGCAUACUUAAAGCUUAUGGUGUCAAUACAGUAGGGAGAUUCCAAAUGGAAACGUAAAAGUCAUUCAGAUGGUAAAGAAGAUAGACCCUUACUUGCUGUAUUGCGUACAUCGUCACAUGUUUUAUUAUUUUGUUUGCCUUGUUUGUGUCAAGUGUUUUGACAAACAUGCAACUCAAUUCUCAGCAUGAUGCUGUCAUUCAUUACUAUUAGCAGAUCCAGUUACCUUUAAAAAAUCAUGUUUAAAGCUCAUAUUACGAGAGCUUUAACUAAUAUCCAUAUGAUGUCUUAGCACCUUAGUGCCUUCUCUUCUUCCAGGGAUCUGUUAUAAGACUGAUGCACUGCUGUUAACAACAUUAUUAGGCAACAGAUAGUGAUAGCUGAGUUAUAUAAAGUUUAGCUUACAUUUUUCUUUUAAAUAUUACAGUGAUCCGCAGAUGCUGCUUGUAUGCACAGUGGAAGAGGAUCUCCUAGUUUGAUAUGUUAUCAGACAAAUAAGGUGCAGCCAGAAAUGGAUCCAAGUUAUGACCAAGAAAAACCAGGACAAUCCGAACCUUCAAGUAACGUGGAACCGCAGCCUGGUAAACGGCAAUCUUAAGUAUUAUAUAUUUAUUGUUUUAUAUAUUGAUUUCAGAUUGUAUACUAUGCACAACACCUUUUUAUGUAUAUGUUGAGAGAAUGUGUUUAUUAAAAUUAGCAAAUGUCAAAACAUAAAAAAACUAUUUGCAAAAAAUAUUUCUGUACAUGUUGGAAAGCAGAAGAUAAACACAUUGUUUAGCCUUUUUAUUUAUUUAUUAUUAAAGAAGAAUUGCAUAGCCAAGCAAGUUGUACAUAAUGAUUAAUUUAAUUUAUAAAGAUUAAGUAUUUUUUUCCUUCCCCUCACCUCUUAUAUAUAUAAAGCUGACUAGUUAGACAUAUGAUAUGUGUUAUAUUGUUUAUGUUAUAAUACAUAAAAUACAGAAAAAAAGAAAGUAGUACAAUCCAUGGCGCUAAGAGAAAGCAGGUAGAACACACUUAAUGGGAAUAAUCACAAAAUCCCACAACAAAAAGUGAAUACAAACAACAAAAUAGUGUGCAGCACAAAUAUGUAAUACAACAAAUGAGAUGCAAUGCAUGCACAGUGUAGGUGUAUAUACCCAAUAAAAGACACAAAAAUAUACCACAAUUGUUGACAGGGUCAGACGGUAGCCAAAAGUCAGAUACUGGAAAGUUCAAUAAUACAUCCCAUUUCUGAGAGCCCGUCUCAGGUAAUAGCGUUUGUAGAGAGUGGUCCAAAGGGUAUUCCUCUGUAUGAAGCUUGUUCCUCAGAGUUAGAAAUGCAGAACAGGCACACAAAUUUAAAAAUGAGUAUUCACAUUUAUUUAUAAAAAAUAUAAAAAUCUUACAUAAAAGUUGUAGUAAUGCAGGAGUGCACCUGAGGAAGACGAGUGGGUUUGUCGAAACGCGUUGUGCUUAUGGUCUCUACCUGUGAAUGGCAUUACUACAACUUUUAUGUAAGAUUUUUAUAUUUUUUAAAAACACAUACAUACAUACAAACAUACAGCCAGAUAGACAGACAAACACAAGGAUACUGCCAGGUGAAUCACAUCCGCCCAGCACUGCCAAAUAAAUGAAAGGAAGCCAUUAGGCCAUUAUCUGCAAUACUGUCCAGCUAGAAGAAAGUGCAUGGCUGGACACUAUUACCAGCUCUACCUCCAUCAAGAAAACAUUGGUGGAGGCCAAAUAUAGUCCAGGGGCUACACAAUGCAGGAGCUCUAUAGUCAAGUUUAUUGAUUCACACAGGAUACAGCAAAAAAUAUGUAACAAUAUGUAACGUUCCUGCCUACAUGGCCGUAGUCAUGCAUGGCCACGUAGGCCUGUACGUUGCAUAUUUUUUUUGCUGAAUCCUUUUUGAGCCAAUAAAUUUGACUACGAUUUUAUUAUGCUAAUAACAGAAAAUAUUACAGAGACAUUUCAAAUUACCUGAUGUUGACAUUUAUAAAAAAAUCAUAAUUCUCUGUAUUGUUAAAUGACAAACAGAAUAAGAUGAUUUCGUUUUUUUUAACUUUUACAAUUUUUUUUGUGAAUUUUAGAAAACCAAGGAGUAGACUGCUUUGGAUUUAUUUUGAUCUUCAUUUCUUUUUUGAUGGUCCUAAUCACCUUUCCCAUUUCAAUUUGGUCCUGCAUAAAGGUAAAUAAAAUACCCUAUGCUAUUUUUGGAACGCAAAGGAUUAUUUGCCACGAGUGAACAUUUAGUUUUCAAUAUAUAAACAGGUUCUUUUCCUGUGCCAUAUAGAGUAGUAGAGAAAAGCAGGGAAACCAUAGUGUCAACAUGUUUGAAAGAAUCACCAAAACGUUGUCAAUUGUCAGAGACACUUUAAGGAAUGUGGAAUACUGAGAAGAGGAUUAGAAAUUAAAGGCGUUAAAUAUAAGAGGCAUGAUGUAGAUAAUGAGGGCAGUCAGGGAAUGGAUAAGAAAGGGAGGGAUAGAAAAAAGAGUGAGAAGAGAGUUAUUAGGUUAUUAAAGGACCACUAUAGGCACCCAGAACACUUCAGCUUAAUGAAGUGGUCUGGGUGCCUGGUCCAGCUAGGUUUAACCUUUUUUUUUUUAUAAACAUAGCAGUUUCAGAGAAACUGCUCUGUUUACACUGAGGGUUAAUCCAGCCUCUAGAGCCUCUAGUGGCUGUCUCAUUGAUAGCUGCUAGAGGCGCUUGCGUGCUUCUCACUGUGAAAAUCACAGUGAGAAGACACUAGCGUCCAUAUGAAAGCAUUGUAAAUGCUUUCCAAUGAACUGGCUGAAUGCGCCCGCGGCUCCUGCCGCGCAUGAGCAUUCAGCCGAUGACGUCGCUAGGAAGGAGGAGAGGAGGAGGAGAAGAGGCGGAGAGGAGGAGGAGAGUCCCCCGCCUGGUGCUGGAGAAAGGUAAGAUUUUAACCCCUUCCUCUCUCCAGAGUCUGGCGGUAGGGGGACCCUGAGGGUGGGGGCACGAGUAUGUUUUCCUUGCACUAUAGUGGUCCUUUAACCCCUUAAGGACCAAACUUCUGGAAUAAAAGGGAAUCAUGACAUGUCACACAUGUCAUGUGUCCUUAAGGGGUUAAGGUGGACAGGAUGGCUCUUUAAGUGGCUAUCCUUACCUUGCCUUCUGUUUUACUCUGCUCUUAUGAUCUGAUUGGGUCAUGCCAGGCCUGGAUUUGAAUAGAGACAUCACCAUUUCUCACAAAACACUCAAAAAGGAAUGUAUAAUUUGAUACUUUUUUGAUUUUGCUAAAGUUUUUAAACCUUGAACCUUUGAGAUUUAAUGGUAAAAACAAUGAUUACCUUUUUCAGGUUUGGAACCUUUUUCUCCAAGUUGUGCACCUAAAUGUUAUUCACAUUCAUGGCAUCUGAAAAUAUAACGCUUAAAGGAACACUAUAGGCACUAAGACCAUUUCUUUGCAUUGAUGUAAUCUGGGUGAAGUGCCCCUGUCCUCUAAACACUGCAAACAAAACCAUUGCAGUUUCAGAGAAACUGCAGGGUUAAUACAACCACUAGUGGCCACUAGAGGCGCUUCCUGCAUUCUAACAGACAUUAUCGCCAUGAUUCAAUGCUUUUACUAUGGGAAAGCUCUAAUGUGUUUGACGGAACUCUACACUGGAAACAGGUAAGUUUAAAAAGUAAGUGUAAAAAUGUGGGGAAGGGGCACUAUAAGGUUAGAAAUACAGAUUACUCCAUGCAUCAUAAUUGCUAAAGAUUUCCAAUACAGAUCCUGCCACUCAUUCAUUUGCUGAGAGCAUCAGCUAAGCGCACUCAGGCAAUGAAUGAGCAUCUGUGCACUAAAUAUGCUGAGAAUUGACAUCAAGAGUUCUGGGCUGGCUAAUGACGCUGACAAAAGUUGAACUAUAUCUCCAGCAGCUAGCACAUGAUAUGCAGCUCAUUCUGAAUCCAAGCACCAUAACCACUUAAAAACACUGAAGUGAUCAUGGUGCUUGGAAUAGCCCUUUAAAGAAACACUAUAGAUACACAAUUGUAUAUAUAUCUGUAUUCCCAAUGCUGUAUUGUCCUUGUAGGUGUAUGUCACCCUCCAAGCCCAUUAAAAAGCUACUUCACUUACCUUUUCUGCCAUACUGCAUUGCUCUCUUAGCAACUGGUCCCACCUCAAUUGCUGAAAGCAUUAAAAUCGCAUAGGUAAUGCAUAUGAAAGCAUUGGGAGGCUAUUGUACAUGUGCAGCAAAAUGCUGGGCCAAUCAGGUGGUCACUAUGAGACCAUGUGAUAGAAAUAGCCAAGUUUUACUGAGAUAUUUCUGUAGAAGAAACUCAAGGGAAAUUAUACCCUGCACUGUAAACACUGCAUGCCUGCAGAACGGCGAUGUCUGCAGCUGGAGACUUAAAAAUACAGAAACAUGGCUUCCACACCACUUCAUUGAGAUCAAGUGCUUAUAGUGUCCCUUUAAGUAAGACCAAAGAGAUAAUGACAAGUGAAAAGUGAAUUAACUGAGCAUUCCUCCUAAUGACUAUUGUCCCUGGUACCUAGGACUUUUAGUAAACCUAAAUGAAUUAUCCUGAUGAUAUCAGCUGUGUUGUCUUUUAUGAUGAAAUGCAGUAUAUAUAUAAAAUAAACAAUAUUGUAUCAAGCCAGUGCUGGACAAUAUAUUAUUUGAUUCCUUUUUGGUAGAUUGUACAGGAAUAUGAAAGAGCAGUCAUUUUUCGCUUGGGGAGAGUUAGAUCUGGAGCAAAAGGACCAGGUAAGUCUACUGCUACAGCUACUAUUAAAGAAUAUGUAAAGUUUUCAGAAAAAUGUUAUAUCUGUGAGCAGCCAAGGAUGUUGAUGUCAUUAUUGGCUCUGUUUCAGCCCUACUACACCAAAUAGGGCUGGACUGGGACAAACAUUUGGCCCAGGUAUUUAAAGGCUGAUCAGUGGGUGGGCAAAGUGGGCAUGUCAUUUCGAUGACCCAUCAGUGCACACCAUGGAUGGGGAAAGGACCCUUUGUUUUAACGAAGCAGGAGCAAAUUGAAUGACAUGUUUGCACCGUGUUUACUGGUGACUUGUCUCUGUGUCUCUUGUGUCCCCAUAAGCGAUAUAGCAGAGGACAUAGGAGGGACAGGUUUGUUAAUGGGUGUUGUGCAUGUGUAGGGAUGUUUCCUGUGGUAUUUUAUGUGCUUGGAGACCGCUUGCGAGAUUGUGUUUGUGUAUGUGUGUAGUGGAGACUCUUUGUGGUGCAGUGCGUGAGUAUGUGUGUUUAGAUGAGAUUGUUUGUAGUAUAGUGUGCGUGGAAAUUGGUCUAUUUGGGUUGUAGUGAAUGUGUGGAGAAAGGACAUGUUUGUGUUUGUUUGGAAUUCAUACAGAUUUUCAGAAUUUCAUAUUGCAUGGCAGAUUAGCUUUAUUGGAAUAAUUAUCCAAAUCGGCCAUCUUGUCAGUUCGGCUAUUUUGCUUAAAAUGUGAAAUUUUCUUUGAAUUCAUGUCAAUAGCCUUGAAAGCUUUUACUGGGAAUGAGGAGCUAUCUGAUAAGAGUCUUUAUAUCAGAUGUUAAAUUGCCUGUGGAUUAGUGCUAUCUGUACAUUGUUCCCCAGGGUUUAUUCACUAAACCACGAAUUGCAGUGAAUUGAAAACCGAAUGUUAAACUUCAGACUGAAAGGACAAUUUGUUUUUCAGUUAAUUUGAGGUCACCAUUUAGUGAAUAAACUCCACUUUUCAGGCAAAUUUCUCUCAUACAAUUAUCAUGGCCUGAAAUUCUCAAUAACCCACAAUUCCUGUUUCAGCGAAUGAACCCAUAAGUGAGUAAUCCAAGUGAUUUGUUGUGCAUGCAAGAAUAUUCACUGUACACAGAUAUGAUUUCAAGGUUACAAAAUAUUUGCGUUUUUUUAAUAAGGAAUAUUCUGGAUUCUGCCAUGCACUGACGAUUUCUGCCGAAUUGACUUGAGAACCGUCUCUUUCGCUGUUCCUCCACAAGAAGUGAGUAGACAUAUGAAGGGAAAGGGUGAAAAAUCAGAGGUUUGUGUGUUUGUGAAUACAUUGCAUGCACUAAGAAUAAUUUCACAUGGUUAUGCAGUAAGCAUGAAUGGUGUGUAUUUUUAUAAAUUUCAAUUUAUAGGACCAAAUCCCUGAGAAUAUUUUCAGUCUUCCAUUACUUUUUCAGUUUUCCAAAGUUCCCUUCUUUUGAGCAGGAUACUCUUCAACUUUUGUAUCUAUUUUGUUUGUCAAUUGCUUGAUAUCUAUCCCAGUUGUGUAAAGCACUAUGGUGUUUGGUGAUAUAUAAAUGCUGUUGUUAAUGAUUUAUUUAUUAAUUAUUUUGAAAAGAUGGAAAAACGUGCAUUUUCUCUGUGGAUUAGUAACAGAAAGCUUUGCCUGCCAUCUUGUGGUCUGAUGAAGAAAUUCUUUUCUAUGAGAAAACCAGAUUGCAAUGAGUGUACUUUAACUGACAAGAUAUUUGCAAAACUGCGAUACUUUAACACAGAUGUGUUAGUGAGAAUUCAAAGUGAAUUUUAAAUUUAAGUUCAAAAAAGCCAAACUGAAAAAAAAUCUCUAAGUCAGCAAUGCUUUCAGUUUGGCUACACUGGCCUUAAAUUUGAAUACUCACUUUAGUGAUUAACCCUGAUGGAGUUCAGUUAGAGCUAUAUUGGCUCCAAUUGUUUUACUUUUAGUUAAUUCACAAAGGUGUCCAAGGUAUAGAACUAAAACCUAAAAUAUAGAUAACAAGAAAGUUUGUCCUGCUGGGAUACAGUCUGAUUGGACAUAAAAAACAACAAACAAAAUGUAUAAUUGUGUUGGAAUUCUGUUGAUAUCCAAUUUGUUUCACCCAAACAAUAGAAUUAUGUGCUUAGCAACUCAGUUAGAUGUCUUGUGUUAAUGUACACAUUUCAUGUAUUACACAAAAUUACAAGCACCAAUACAUACCCAAUUCUUCUUUUGGCUAUUCUGUCAAACAGUCCAAUGAUGGCAUCAAGGGAGAGCAGUAAGGCUCAAGCUGUGAUUUCUAUAUACUGUAAUAGAGUCGGUUUGGCAGUUGAGUGGAUACAUUUGCAUUAGUACAUUUGAUGGAUAUUGCAAAACUGAACAUUAAAAUGUAUUUUUUUCAAUAACACUUACAAUAAAUGAACCCACCAAAGAUCCAAUAUUACCCUACACUGUCAUCACAAUCUGGUCCCGAAAACUCUUUAUAGUAUCAGGAAAUACCCUGCUUACUUAUCUCUGGCAGCUCGUGGUAGCUAUGCAGUCAUUAAUUGAGUGUGCUUUCCACUCUGGAAUAUAUUUCUUACAGAAUAUUGUGUUAGGAUGGUAUAUACACUGUUAUUUGCCUUUAAGGGUUUCAAACCUGCAAUUACUGUUAAUUUGCAGUUUGAGAUUUAUAAAUAUGUAUAUAUCUGAACCAGGUGUUAUAAUUAGUGAUGUCCCGAACGGUUCGCCAUGAACGGUUCGCCACGAACUCAUUAUUGAGUAAACUUUGACCCUGUACCUCACAGUCAGCAGACACAUUCCAGCCAAUCAGCAGCAGACCCUCCCUCCCAGACCCUCCCACCUCCUGGACAGCAUCCAUUUUGAAGCUGCAUUCUUAGUGAGCUGUCCAGGAGGUGGGAGGAUCUGGGAGGGAGGGUCUGCUGCUGAUUGGCUGGAAUGUGUCUGCUGACUGUGAGGUACAGGGUCAAAGUUUACUCAAUGAUGAGUCCGUGGCGAACCAUUCGUGGCGAACCGUUUGCGAACCGUUCGGCGAAACGUUCGGGACAUCACUAGUUAUAAUGUUUCUGCAUUACAUAUAUCUUCAAAAUGUUCUGUCUUUAAUUUUCAGGUUCUAACAAAAGACUCUGUAACUAUCAUGGUUGAUGCUGUUGUGUUCUACCGUAUCUUUAAUCCGAUCAUCACCGUGGUCAAAGUGGAUGAUGCUAAUAAAGCCACACAAAUGCUGGCUCAGACCACACUGAGAAACAUGCUGGGUACCAAAAGCCUAACUGAAAUCCUUGUAGAUCGCGAAGAGAUGGCCGAACAAAUGGGCGUAAGUAUUUUCGAAGAAACAGAGUAAUGCACAUAUUCUCUGUAUAAAGGUUCCGUCAUAAUCAGACAUUUGUAUUCUAAAAAGCCAAAUACUAUUUAUGGUAGCUAUCAAGAAUCAUUUUCUAGAAUCCAAAAUCACUUUGUCACUUCAAAAGGUUUAUUCCUUGUACUAAACCACCAUAUUUUACAUUCAGAAAAUUUUAUAUGAUGCAACCAAAGAUUGGGGUAUUAAGGUGGAACGUGUGGAGAUUAAAGACGUUAAGUUACCAGGGUCUCUGCAAAGGGCAAUGGCUGCUGAAGCUGAAGCCGCUCGAGAAGCCAGAGCGAAGGUAUGUUCUCAUUAUGUUUAUAUCAUUUAUUAUAUUGUUAAUUAGCUCCUAUGUAGGCAAUUUACAUAAAAAAGAUCCCUCGUACAUAUGGUAACAUAAACUGACGUAAUUACAUUGGGAUUAGGGGUAUCUACCUUUGUGAGUCUGUGGACUGCAACUCUUAUUACUCUCAGCAAGGCUUCAUCAGACUAAUCCGCAUUUCUUGUGUUAAACAGGGACAAUUUAAAAAUAAAGUCUUCCUACACCAGUUCUUUUACUAAUUAUAAUUCAUGCGUCAUAUGACAUAAAUAUGAAUAGAGCUUCAUUUUAAAUAAUUAUUUCACAGUUUGUGAUUAUUCAAUAAUUUCACAGUUUCUAGUAAUUCAAAUGAAUAGGAGGUGCUCUAUUUAGUUUUAGAAAAUUCUAUUCAAUAUAGUAGACGGUUUGCAGUUUCUAUAAAUGACUGUAUAGAGACCUCCCAAUUUUGGGAAGUCUGAUAUUAAGAGAAGGAGGGGAGGGUCAGGUGGCUACUGAUUCACCAAUUAGUUCUGAUUAUUAAAAUGUCCAAUAAGUCUAGGAUUUCAAUUCACUUUUAGAAGUUAUGAAACAUAUAUUGGAAGGAAUGGAUUAUAGUCACGGAAUGCAAAACCGCUACACAAAGUAUGUAUUUGUAGAAUGUACAUCCCCAGGCUAUUAAACAAUUAAAGAGCAUGUUAACACUUUUAAUUUAGCAAUUUUAUUACAUACCUCGGUCCAAAUAUUACAUUGUUUAUUUUCAUGCACAUGCUUUAUUUGGGGAAGAUGCCCAGACCAUGCAUGCCCCACUACUGUAAACACCCCAUAUUUGCAUUCUGCAACUGCUCUUAAAGAGACACUAUAGUCACCUGAACAACUUUAGCUUAAUGAAGCAGUUUUGGUGUAUAGAACAUGCCCCUGCAGCCUCACUGCUCAAUCCUCUGCCAUUUAGGAGUUAAAUCCCUUUGUUUAUGAACCCUGGUCACACCUCCCUGCAUGUGACAUGCACAGCUUUCCAUAAACACUUCCUGUAAAGAAAGCCCUAUUUAGGCUUUCUUUAUUGCAAGUUCUGUUUAAUUGAGAUUUUCUUAUCCCCUGCUAUGUUAAUAGCUUGCUAGACCCUGCAAGAGCCUCCUGUAUGUGAUUAAAGUUCAAUUUAGAGAUUGAGAUACAAUUAUUUAAGGUAAAUUACAUCUGUUUGAAAGUGAAACCAGUUUUUUUUCAUGCAGGCUCUGUCAGUCAUAGCCAGGGGAGGUGUGGCUAGGGCUGCAUAAACAGAAACAAAGUGAUUUAACUCCUAAAUGACAGUGAAUUGAGCAGUGAAAUUGCAGGGGAAUGAUCUAUACACUAAAACUGCUUUAUUUAGCUAAAGUAAUUUAGGUGACUAUAGUGUUCCUUUAACUACAAUGAUACACAGGUAUACCUUUUUCCAAAAUUCUCCCCCUAAUCCUACCCCUAAUCUUGUCCUAAAUCCAGCCUUCAUCCAACCCCUAAUUCAACUCUUAAUCACUCCCAUAAUCCAACCUGUUAUAAAACCUCUAAUCCAAUCCAUAAUACAUCCUCUAAUCCUAAUCAUAAUGCUACCUAUAAUCCAAGUAUUUACCCAUCCUCCUAAUCCCAUGUUUUAUGGAUUCCCUCUGUUGAUGUUAGUACUGACUGGUACUUUUAUUGCAUGAUGGUCUAUGCUGUCAAGCGGCGUUAAAGCCAUGCACUGCUUGACGGCAUAGACUGUCGUGUGCCAUUAAGAAUUUUUUAAAGCAAUGUUUGAUCAAUUAUUUUCCUACAUUUGUUUUUCUAAUCACUUAUUUUCACAGGUUGUUGCUGCAGAAGGAGAAAUGAAUGCCUCGCGGGCGUUGAGAGAAGCCGCUGUGAUCAUGUCUGACACUCCAGCAGCUCUCCAGCUACGCUAUUUGCAGACCCUCUCUCAUAUUUCAACAGAACAAAAUUCAACCAUCAUUUUCCCAAUACCUAUUGAGUUCUUUUCAUUAUUUUCCCGCCCGUAA